GAAACAUGCUCCUCUGCCUGUCCCCUGCUUGGCUGACGAAGGUGCCAGCACCCGGGCAGUCGGGCGAGGCGGUCCUGCUGGUCUCUAAGGCUGUGAGCUUCCACCCAGGGGGCCUGACAUUCCUGGAUGACUUUGUCCCCCCACGCCGAGCCACCUACUUCCUGGCGGGCCUGGGGCUGGGACCUGGCCGGGGUCGAGAGGCAGCUGAACUUGCCCGUGACCUGACCUGCCCCACGGGAGCCUCGGCUGAGCUGGCCCGGCUGCUGGAGGACAGGCUGCUGACAAGGCGACUGCUGGCUCAGCAGGGUGGUGUGGCCGUGCCAGCGACUCUGGCUUUCACCUAUAAGCCACCGGCCCUGCUGCGGGGAGGGGAGGCCAGCCCGGGCCUACGGCUGGUGGAGCUGAGUGGCAAAGAGGGCCAGGAGACCCUGGUGAAGGAGGAAGUGGGGGCUUUUCUGCACUCUGGUGCCCUGGGUGAUGCCCUGCAGGUGGCUGUCAAGCUCAGUGGCUGGCGCUGGCGGGGGCAGCAGGCCCUGCGUGUGCACCCGCGAGGGGAGCUGGGCGCAGUGGCGGACACGGUGCUGGCGCUGCUGGAGAAACUGGAGGAGGAGGAGAGUGUCCUGGUGGAGGCUGUGUGCCCACCUGCCCGACUGCCCUUCCCAGGCAGUCCCCCACCUGGCCCUGAGCUGGCUGUGCGGAUCUGCGCGGUGGUCUGUCGGACCCAGGGUGACAGGCCCCUGCUGAGCAAGGUGGUGUGCAGCGUGGGCCGUGAGGACCGGCCUCUGCGGCACCAGAGCUCCUUGCCACAGACGCUGGAGGUGGCACUGGCCCGGUGCGGCCUGGGUGAGCCGGGGCAGGUGGCGGUCGUGCGACAGCGCGUCAAGGCGGGGGCCGAGGCCGCGCUGGCCGCAGUGCUGGCCCUGGAGGCCGGCCUGAGCGCGGAGCAGCGCGGCGGGCGCCGGGCUCGCACGGACUUCCUCGGCGUGGACUUCGCGCUGACGGUGCAGGGCCGCACGCUGACCCCCGUGGCCCUGGAGCUGAACAGCGGCCCGUGUCUGGAGGCGUGCGGCGCGCUCGAGGGGCUGUGGGCCGCGCAGCGCCCGCGGUCGGCGGCCGAGGAAGCGGCGGCCGCGCCGCUCGUGGAGACCAUGCUGCGGCGGUCCGCGCACUACCUCAUGGAGGGCAAGCAGCUGCUGCUGAUCGGCGCCGGCGGCGUCAGCAAGAAGUUCGUGUGGGAGGCCGCGCGCCACUACGGGCUCAAGCUACACCUGGUGGAGUCGGACCCCAACCAUUUUGCGUCCCAGCUGGUGCAGACUUUCAUCCAUUUCGAUGUGACAGAGCACCGGCGGGAUGAAGAGAACGCACGGUCGCUGGCAGAGCUGGUGCGCGCCCGUGGCCUGCAGCUGGAUGGCUGCUUCUCCUACUGGGAUGACUGCCUCGUGCUCACGGCCUUGCUCUGCCAGGAACUGGGGCUUCCCUGCAGCCCCCCGGCUGCCAUGCGCUUGGCCAAGCAGAAGAGCUGCACCCAGCUGCACCUGCGGCGCUGCCACGGGCCCCCUUGGCCCGCGCCCUCCCUGCAUGCCGUGCAGUGCUGCCCGCUGGAGAGCGAGGCCGACGUGGAGAAGGCCGUCCGCCAGGUGCCGCUGCCUGGCGUCAUGAAGCUGGAGUUCGGGGCGGGCGCGGUGGGUGUGCGGCUGGUGGAGGAUGCGCCACAGUGCCGCGAGCACUUUUCCCGGAUCGCUCGUGACCUGCAGGGGGAGGCCGACCACCCCGGCAUUGGGCUGGGCUGGGGCAACGCCAUGCUGCUGAUGGAGUUCGUCGAGGGCACCGAGCACGACGUGGACCUGGUGCUGUUCGGAGGGCGCCUGCUGGCCGCCUUCGUCUCCGACAACGGCCCCACGAGGCUGCCUGGCUUCACAGAGACAGCGGCCUGCAUGCCCACCGGGCUGGCCCCGGAGCAGGAGGCCCAGCUGGUGCAGGCAGCCUUCCGCUGUUGCCUGGGCUGUGGGCUGCUGGAUGGGGUGUUCAAUGUGGAGCUGAAGCUGACCGGGGCUGGGCCGAAACUCAUCGAGAUCAACCCCCGCAUGGGCGGCUUCUACCUGAGAGACUGGAUCCUGGAGCUCUAUGGUGUGGACCUGCUGCUGGCGGCGGCGAUGGUGGCCUGUGGCCUGCGGCCUGCCUUGCCCACCCACCCACGGGCCCGUGGCCACCUGGUGGGGGUCAUGUGCCUGGUGUCCCAGCAUCCGCAGGUGCUGAGUUCCACUGCCAGCCGCGAGACCCUGCAGGCUCUCCACGACCAGGGCCUGCUGCGCCUCAAUUUGCUGGAGGACAUCCUGGUGCCGGGCGAGUAUGAGGAGCCCUACUGCAGCGUGGCCUGUGCUGGGGAGAGCCCGGCUGAGGCUCGCCUCCGCCUGCUGGGACUGUGCCAGGGUCUGGGCAUCGAUGGGCCCCACUACCCGGUUGCCCACUUCCUGUCCCACUUCAAAUAGUGCCUCUCUCUCCCGGACCCCUGCCCCAACCCUGGCCUGGCCCCCUCCCAAGGCCUCAUGGCUGUUCCAGAGUGUCAGGCAUUUGACACGAAGGCCUCCUGAGCUUAAGGGCCAUAAAAGAGAGUAUGGUGGCGGAGGGGCCACUGGCCCUUCUUGCUGUCAGUUCAGCCCGAACGCCCCAGUCCUGCCCCACGAGUCUAGCCACGGAGAAGCAACAACAGCUGUUCAUGCGCGCACACACACGACAGGGAGGUGGAAAUGGGUCCAAACUUAGCCCCUCUUUGGCAUCGCUCCAGGUCUGUCUCUUCCUGCAGGGUACAGGAAGCUGGCUGGCCUCUGGCCUUGGAUAAAUCCCACAAAAACCUGAGAUAAAACGGCCUAUCCUCAACCCUCAUUUAGCAAAUCCCAGGAUAUUUCCAGAGCCCACUGACUACUUUUGGCCUGCCCUGCCCGCCUCAUUUGGCCUGAGCAGUAGAAGCAAGGGACCUGGGAUCAGCAGGAACCAUCUCCUCUCCAGGUAGACACCAUUGUCCCGUUCUACAGAUGAGGAAACAGGCUCAGACAGGAACAAUCACUGCCUCAAGGUCGUACCACAGUAGCCAGGGGGUCAAGGGACAAGCUACAAGGUCCAGGUUUCCACUUUUACUAAGUCUUAUGUGCCCGCUCCACUCCUAAAGCACACUCAGCUCCCUGCCCUCAUUCAGAUGUGGUCUUAAGAUGAGGGAAUGCCCCCUCCCGGGCAGCGCCCACCUUCUCCACCAAGCUUUGGUACAUUGGCCUCUGGCAUAACUAACCAGCACUGGCAGAACAAAAUCUGCACUCCCUUUUUGAUUCAGGGGAGUCUGUCUCAAUAACUCUGCCCCUGUGCAGCCCGGGAGUUGUGGCCAGCUCCGCAAGCAUCCCUCUUCAAAUAAAGGCUUAUGAACUAA